CUUCCCCACAAAUCCUCCGCAACUUCCCAACGCAUCCUCGUAUUCCAACCGAGCAAACCCUCGUUCCUCCACCACCGAGAGAAUCCGACCGGCAUACAUGGCGCCCAAGGCGGAGAAGAAGCCGGCGGCCAAGAAGCCCGCAGAGGAGGAGCCCGCGGAGAAGGCGGCGCCAGCGGAGAAGGCCCCCGCGGGCAAGAAGCCCAAGGCGGAGAAGCGGCUCCCGGCGGGCAAGUCCGCCGGCAAGGAGGGCGGCGACAAGAAGGGGAAGAAGAAGGCCAAGAAGAGCGUGGAGUCGUACAAGAUCUACGUCUUCAAGGUCCUCAAGCAGGUGCACCCCGACAUCGGCAUCUCCUCCAAGGCCAUGUCCAUCAUGAACUCCUUCAUCAACGACAUCUUCGAGAAGCUCGCCGCGGAGGCCGCCAAGCUCGCCCGUUACAACAAGAAACCGACCAUCACCUCCCGCGAGAUCCAGACCUCGGUGCGCCUCGUCCUCCCCGGGGAGCUCGCAAAGCACGCCGUGUCAGAGGGCACCAAGGCCGUCACCAAGUUCACCUCGUCUUAGACUAUGAAAGGCUUGUUUGUGCAGUGGUAGUUCGGAGACUUGGCUGGUGUGGUGUAGUGACUGUUCUGGUGGCUUUGGACCUGUAUGAAUUAUCGUGGUGGUAAUGGAAGGCUAUUGUUAUCUGACACUUGAUCAGUAAUCCGAUGUUUGUGAUAUUAUGCUAGCAGAAUCUCUUGAUUGGCUUGUGA